AUGUUCGCAGCGGUGCGGCGGCUGCAGUCGAAGAUGGCGGGGGACAGGAUCGUGUGGGACCCCAACGGCAACGGAUACUACGUGUACUCCUCUAAGCCCUUCUGGGAGGAAUGGCAGAUGUACGACCCCAACGCUGGAGGAGGCCUGGGAGCCUGGGAUCGAGACCAUCACUACGAUAUCUGGGGCAAGCCCGAGACUGUCGUCAAGACGCCCAUCCACUGCAACCAUCCCGGAUGUCCUCAGGACUCCUUCUAG